AUGGAUAGUAUAUUGAGCUGGAACAUCAUGGGGAAAAACAGGAAAGCAAAACAAAAUGAAGUGAGGAGAUUCAUUCACACUCACAGAAUUAAACUGGUUAGCCUCCUGGAAACAAAGGUGAAGAGACCUAAGUUAGGUGAUCUUUACUUGAAUGUUUGUCCUGGGUGGAACUUCACCACCAAUGUGAAUCAUUCUACCUCUGGUAGAAUUAUUUUGGCCUGGGAUCCUAAUAGCUUUACAGUGAAUAUUGAGUCUAUGAGUAGUCAACAUGUUCAUUGUUUUAUCACCCCCAGGAGUACUGGCACUGGUUUCUUUGGCACGUUUAUCUAUGGUAUGAAUGAUAUGAAGGAUAGAGUCCCAUUGUGGAAUUCCUUGUGUCAGAUUGCUGACCAUUGUAAUCAACCUUGGGUCAUUAUGGGUGAUUUUAAUGCCCUAAUGGAUAUAGAGGACAGAGUUGGUGCACCAGUCAGAAUUAGGGAUAUCCAACCCAUGAGAUCCUGCAUGGCCUAUUGUAAUCUCUCUACAAUUAAAACUAUGGGGAGACAAUAUCCUUGGAAUAAUAAACAGAUGGGGGAGGAUAGGGUUCUAUCCAAAAUUGAUAGAGUUCUGUCAACCACAAAGGGGUUCAAUGAUGUGGAGGCUAAUGAUGUGAGAAUCUAUGCUGACUUAUUGACAAAGCAAGCCAAUCUUCAUGCUAAUCCUGGUGAUGAUAUUGCUGCUACAGAAGAGAAACAGGCUGCAGAAGCUUACAAAAGUGCACACCAGGUGUACAUGUCCUUCCUACAACAAACUGCCAAGAUCCAGUGGCUAGAAAAGGGGGAUGAGAACACCAGGCUCUUCCAUCAAAGUAUAAAACAGAGAAGACAGCAGAACACCAUUCACUCCAUUCAGGAUAUGCAUGGGAGUUGGGUAGGAACACCUAAUGGGGUUAAAAAGGCUUUCUCUCAAUUCUACAAAGAUCUGUUCUGUAACUAG